AUGACUAUAAUGGCCUCCAAAAUCAUCUCAACCCAUCCAGCUGUCUUCCUGUUGAUGGGGAUUCCAGGCCUGGAGCACCUGCACAUCUGGAUCUUCAUCCCCUUCUGCUUUGCCUACACACUUGCUCUGCUGGGCAACUGCACCCUCCUCUUCAUCAUCCGGGCUGAUACAGCCCUCCAUGAGCCCAUGUACCUCUUCCUGGCCAUGUUGGCAGCCAUCGAUCUGGUCCUGUCUUCUACAACACUGCCCAAAAUGCUUUCCAUAUUCUGGUUUGGGGAUCUGGAAAUCAACUUUUAUGCCUGCCUGGUGCAGAUGCUCUUCCUCCACUCCUUCUCCAUCAUGGAGUCAGCAGUCCUGCUGGCCAUGGCCUUUGACCACUACGUGGCCAUCUGCAAGCCACUGCACUACAGCACGGUGCUGACAGGGCCCCUAAUUGCCAGGAUUGGCAUGGCUGCUGUGUUCCGGGCUGUGACUCUAAUGACUCCACUCCCUUUUCUGCUCAGAUGCUUCCACUAUUGUCGGGGCCCAGCGAUUGUUCACUGCUACUGUGAGCACAUGGCUGUGGUAAGGCUUGCCUGUGGAGACACAUGCUUCAACAAUAUCUAUGGCAUUGCUGUGGCCAUGUUUAUUGUGGUGUUAGACCUGCUAUUUGUUGUCCUAUCUUACAUCUUCAUUCUUCAGGCAGUUCUACAGCUUGCCUCUCACGAGGCAUACCACAAGGCAUUUGGGACAUGUGUGUCUCACAUAGGUGCAAUCCUAGCUUUCUACACACCUGCGGUUAUCUCCUCAGUUAUGCACCAGGUGGCCCACAGGGCUGCUCCCCAUGUCCACAUACUUCUUGCCAAUUUGUACAUGCUGUUCCCACCCAUGGUCAACCCAGUCAUCUAUGGUGUCAAGACCAAGCAAAUUCAUGAACGCGUCUUAGGAAUAUUUCUGAGAAAGAAUGUGUAA